GUCGCCGUGGUUAAAACCGAAUAAGAGGAAGAACACAGUACCACACAGCGCCCCCUUCCUUCGUUAAGAGAACUACAAGAAGUAGUACAAGAACCGGAAAUAAAAGAAAAAUCGAGUUUCUUUUCUUUUUUUCUCUCCCUCUUUUUUUUUCCCUCCCCGCGUAGCGUAUUUCCUCUGGCGGACGGACGUGGAAGAACAUCUGCUCUCGCGCUGCGCGGAUAGCCUACUGGAUUCCCCGUUCGGCCUCACGAGAUCUCCUCGCGCUGCUGCUGUGGUUAUCGUCAGAAAAAAAGGGGGCUGCGUGUGUGGAAGGUGGGAGCUCCAGCGCCGUGGGCAGGGGGAGCUGUGAUGUGUGUCCGGGCUGCGGUGCUCCAGUAGUCGGCCGUGGCGGCUCGGGAUGGAGCCCCUGUGGGUGCUGGGCUUCCUGCUGGUCCCGCUGCUCCUGUGGACCAGCAGUACCUUCGUGUUCUACUUCAAGAAGUGCUUCUACGUGGCGUGGAUGAUGAUCCUGGCCGUGGUGGCCAUCCCCAUCUGCGUGCUCAAGAGCGGCGGCAGAGACGUGGAGAACAUGCGGGUUAUUCGCUUCCUGGUACGACAUGUAAAGUACUUCCUUGGCCUGAGGUUCGAGGUCAGCGGCUGGGAGCACCUGCAGACUGAGGGGCCCUACGUAAUUAUCUCAAACCACCAGAGCUCCCUGGAUGUCUUGGGCAUGAUGGAGAUCCUCCCUGACCGCUGUACCAUGAUUGCCAAGAAGGAGCUGGUGUAUGCUGGAACAGUUGGAAUUGUGUGCUGGCUGGGCGGCAUCGUUUUCAUCAACCGUAAAAAGACCAGCGAUGCCAAGAGUGUGAUGGCCGAAACAGCAAAGACCAUGCUGCAUGAGCAGAUUCGCCUGUGGGUGUUCCCUGAAGGCACACGUAACCAGAAAGGUGACCUGCUGCCCUUUAAGAAGGGAGCAUUCCACCUGGCGAUACAGGCACAGGCCCCUAUCAUACCAAUAGUGUUCUCCUCCUACAGUAACUUCUACUUACGAAAAGAAAAGCAGUUUAAAUCUGGAACUGUCAGAUUGAAGAUCCUCCCAAAGAUUGAAACUAAGGGAAUGACGUCAGAUGAUGUGACCGCACUCUCCGACAAAUCCUAUGACCUCAUGCGUUCUGCGUUCAUUGAGAUCUCGGGAGCAGCUACUCAGAACAAUGGGCCGUCAGGUCACUGAGCGUUUCAGCUACUGCCUCACACUCGAUCUCCUCCCCCUUACCCCUAAUGCAUAAAGGCAGUGCAGUUACAAGUGUUUUGGAAAAAGUAGACUUCUCACUUGUGAAGGUAAUGGCAAAAUGCUACAAUUUCCCAUCCUCUGCACAGGUGCAAUCGUGGCAUGCUAGAAGGUGCAGUCAUGCGCAGUGUUUGCUGACGUGCCUGUUUAUUUUUGUAGACAUUGACAGUUGGUGAGAGGGUGGGCAGUGGGCAGGUAGGAGUUGGAACCCUAAUAUGAGUUAAAGAAAGGGUAGAAGCGGUGGUCUUUGAAACCAACAGUGUUCUGUGAGAGGCAGGUCUGAGGUGCAGUUGUCAGCCUUGCUCUGAUCCCAGUUGGGGGAACCACUGUUGCUUAGUGGUCUCAGAUUUUAGGACUUAUGUAUGCAUGCUUGUCAUGCAUGCCUUCAAAUCGGUCUACCCAAAAUUUUUGUUUCUCCUUUUGUUAGUGGCUGUGUGUGUUCUUUUGUUUUCCCACUGUCAUAGUGUUUAAACAAGUGUCAGUUUUAUAUGUUAUUAGUCAAUAAUGUUUUUUGGUUUCAUCUCCUUAUCACUUCCAAGUGUACAUUUGAGAUAUUGACAUCUUUUAAAGAGAUGACAGGAUUUGAGGAAGUGGCCAAAGGUGUCAGAGGUAAUGACCAAUUAACCAUUCUUCUUCCUAUCAUAACUCUUUGAUGUUUAUCCAACUAGAUUACCACUAGUGUCAGUGUGUUAAGAGAAACAGGUAUUAAUACAAUGUUGUGCAUUGUUCCUGUAACAUAUUCCUUUUUGACAGUUUCUAGUAAGAUUCUGCAUGUAGUCCUCAGCGACUGUGUUUUCUGAACUCCUGUAGUUAGUUUUAUAUAUUCAGUGCUUUUUAAGUAAGAGUUUUUUCUCCUCCUAGAUUAGCCCUAACAGUGAACAUGUCACAUGUGUCAAAGGUAAUUCUGAGUGCAAUUGCAAUUUUCAUUGUACAACAAAUGACUGUUCCAGAGUCGAGACUCAUGGUGUGCCAUGUUAAGCUUUUUGUUUCAGGUGCUUUAUAAAAAUCUCAUGCAAAUCACGUAAAGCAUAAUUGAAAGUUGUCUGGUUAAAGCUUCACUUAUCAGAAUGUUUAAUCUUUUAUGUUCAUUUAAUUAGUGGGUGAGAUCAAGUCACAAAAUGGAAUGCAUUCCGAAAAGAGAUCUGCCCCAGUUUUCAUAAACAGGGAAAUAACCCGUUCUAACCUGUUCCUUAGUUAAGUUUUUGCUUCGAAAUCAUGAGUCCAAGUUAAGUUCUCUGUACUUACACUGAGACCAACCGAAGUACGUGAAGGAAAAUGGUGAGCCCAAACACUAACUAGUGAUUCCAUUGGAAGCAAAAAGUUUUGGGCACAAUGGAAAAUCUUAUGGAGAAUAUUUUCUUAUAGAAAGGAAGAGGAAGAAGGUCAUAGUAAGGAAACAACAGCCAGAAGUAAAUUUUUAUUUUAAAUUUGAUUAAAGCCUUGGUCUAAUCUGAAUGUUUUGUGACACUGAACCUCAAUGUGGAAAAUGAAGCUGAGAAAAAAUACUAUUGCAGUGAUGAGAAUUUAAUGGAAAAUACAACCAUUUGACUGACUUUUAUACUAUAGUGAAAAAUAUAUUUUAAAGGUGUUAUUGGAAGGUAAUUGAAAUAUCAGUGUAAUUGCUACAUUUUUAAAUUUGAUUUUGAAAAAGGAGGAUCUUAUGGAAGUCUUAGAGGACAAUCUGGUUGGAAAAAUUGUCAUUCAGAAUUUUUAGAGAAUACCUUAGUAGCUUUAAAUUAUGGUUGAACCUUUCCUUGCAAUUCUUGACGUGAUAGUGUUUGUAGUGUUGCCAAGCUACUUAAAUCAAUUAUGGGCAAAGAGUAAAUAAAUAGUUCACUACCUGAAUCACUUUUUUUUUUUUUUUUAAUUGGCCUAGUUAAUCUUAGCAGCUAGCUUACUAAACGAAGGUUGAUACUGUCAUGUAAUUUUUGGCACCUGGACUUAGUUGUCCUUGUUUAGUGAAAGUUUAAUUCUACAAAAAAAAGCAGUAAAUUGCUGGGUUUUCUGUGAAACAUCACCAGAAGUAGUUACAUGUUUCCUACUUUCACCUGGUGUUUCCACUUUUCUGUUGAUCUUUUUAAAAUAAGUUGUUUGAUUUGAUUUCUGAUGUGCUUUCAUGAUUGUGGGCAGUUGAGCAUUGUUGGUUUUAAUCAUGGGUAAAAAUGCAUACAAUAUAACAAUGUAUACAGACAUCAGUUUUUGUAAUUGUACAACGCUAUGUAUUGUGCAUUACAAGGCUGACUUAAGAAAUUUGUUACAAAAAUGUCUAAAAUUUGGCAAUGACAUCACUGUAGAGGCGCACCAACUGACUUCAUAAUUGCGUUCCUUUGGUACUAGGUAGUGAAAGCUUGCAGAUUUAAAUGAAUAACACCUAGUUAACAUUUUUUAAAAUGUCAUUUAUGCAUUUGAACUUUUACAAACACUGCAGGCAGCCACACUUUUCCAAAUCAUAUAAUUGCAUAUUUUACAUACUGGUAACUGUCCUAUGAUUAGUUCUGUUAUGGUGUGAUAUGCUUGGUUAGUUCAGACAGCCAAGUAGAGCAUGGACUCAAAGCUAAAUGGAAAAAAAUGCUGUCAUUUGAACUAAUUUACAAGUCAGGUGGGUGUCAGCAGGGCAGGUAUUGUCUUAUAUGCUGUGGGGAGAAGGUUUAAUAGGUUAGUAAUGACAUUAUGUACUUUGGACCCCUCAUCCUUCCCUCGUCUUGCCGUGGCCAAGCAUGCCUGAAGAACUGACCAGAGAUUGCAUGCUGUCAGAACAUCAACUGUCCUAUACGGUAGGUAGAUAAUUUGGCUUUUUUAGGUUUCUUUGUAAUGACAAAAUCAUUUUGCGUUCUAGUAAAUUCAGUAUUUCAUCCUUUAUGUGUUCUGAACUAUUUAGUGAUUUUCAAAUUACCUUUUCUCAUUUGGACAUUUUUAUUGUUGAAUAAUUUUAUGCUAUUUAGAUUGCUCUUUUGUGUUGCCCUAACUGUGUAUUAGGAAAAAAUUGCGUGAAGAAAGCACUGACAAUUUUUAAUUGGUUAAACCAAAAACGGGCCAUUGGUUAACGUAUAUUUGUUAGCGAUUAAUUACUCCACAUCUUUUAAUGACAAAAUGGGUGUUAACUGCAAAAUUUUCAAGCUGUAUAGGCCAUGUUUUGGAUUUGUUAGUUUUUAUGUAUGAAUUGAUGCUUGUCAAUUCAUAAUUCAUAAAUGACACUGGCACUGAGAAAUGAACAACAAACAUCAAAAGUUCAGGGCCAUUAAAGCAUAGUAAAUGUGCUGGACACCUGUACAGACUUCAGCGAGGGGUCAUAAGGAAGUGGCUAGUUUGCAGCCAGUCAGUGUGCAGCAUGCUUACAUUUCUCAGGCAUCUGUUGUCACAUGUACAGCACAGGCCAUAUGACACAUGCAGUGUUUUGAGCCUAUAUGGUAGCUCUACUGUUGCAUAAAUACCUACUUUCCAAUGUGUUUUACUGGCUUCAAACCUAUAUCCUGGAGCAAAGUGCGCCUGUGUUUCUGAAUAUUUUGCAGCAUAUUUGUAGGAAAGAUCCCAACUCACUCCAUGAGCUUUCACAGAGUCAGCAGUGGUCUAUGCUUGAAGUCAUAUGCACUGUGUGGCUGUACUUUGCACCAGAUGACACAUUCAGUCAAACCACUUUUUGUUUGUAACUGCAUUUGGGAAAAGUAUUCCUGCCUCACCAAGUGUCUCCAAGGUAGCUGCUUAAUCUUUUUUUUUUUUUUUUUUUUUUUGGUCUUUAAAUUACCUUUUUUUAAAAAAAAAAAAAAAUAAAAUAAAAUCUGUAUAUAUUUGGUUUGUGGCCUCUGAUUUUCAUUGUCACAUUGGAGACGAAAUGGCUGCUAAAGCCAUGUAGAUGAGGACGGUGGUGUGACAUUCACUGACCUGCUUGUACGAUGACUGCAAGUCUUAUCUAAUUUGCAAGUUUUAUUGCCCAAGAUAAUUAAAAUGGUAGCAGUGUUUAUAGUCAGUCUGGUGAUCUGCAUUUUUUUUUUUUUUUCCCCCAAGAAUUACAUAUACCUUUAGUUCAUCUUUUAAAUACUGUCACAGCUGUGUGGAUGGACUGCAUUGCUUGUG